CCUUCACAGGAGCCGUUAAUGCGGCAGUAGGUGGGCUAUAUGUUGUAUGUACUUACCUGCCCCUAACGACCAUUGUCUCUUCUAGGGAACUGCACCUGGGGAAUGAGCUGCCGCUUCAUACAUCCUGGAAUGAACGAUAAGGGGAACUAUUCACUCAUAACCAAACCCGACCCGUUUUCCCCAAAUGGGACCCCUGCAGGAGUGGCCCCUCUGGCUCAGAACAUCUGGGGGGCUCCAGCCGCGGAAGAGCUACUGCUCCCCCCAGUCCAGGACCCCCCUACAGAGAGCGCCUGGGAAAGAGGCCUCCGGCAUGCUAAAGAGGUGCUGAAAAAAGCCACCAUAAGAAAAGAGCAGGAGCCGGACUUUGAAGAGAAGCGUCUGACGGUCACCAUUGGAGAGGACGAGAGGGACUUUGAUAAGGAGAAUGACUAUUUACACGACUGGAAUUAUCGGAUCACCAGAGAAGUUCGUGAAACGGGAGAAGUAGAAUUUCGAGAAACGGUGACCCACGGGCCCGAUCCAUUUGCUGAUCCUUACCAUGACCUUGAAAUGGAGAGAUACUGGCGCGGAGGGCAGUAUGAAAACUUCCGCGUACAGUACACAGAGACGGAGCCAUACCGCUAUAGAGACAGAGAACGGGAGCGUGACCGCGAUAGGGACAGAGACAGACAGCGAGACAAAGAAAGGGACCGUGAGAGGGACAGAGACAGAGAGCGUCGUCAGCGAGAAAGAGAGCGCGACAGAGAGCGGGAGCGAGAGAAGGACCGACAGAAACGGAAGGAUGAAUGGGAGAGAGAUCGAAGCAAAAGGGACGAAAAAGAGCGGCAGAAAGAAAAAGACAAGGAGAAGGAGAAAACCAGAGCAAAGUCUCCGCUUCUACCGAGUCGCCCUAAUGAUGCCUUGAAGAAAGAUUCUCCGGCUGUAUCUUUACCCGCUGUUAACCCCUCGGCGUCCGCUGUCACCCCGACUUUAUCUGGACCACCAGCAGUUAAAAGAGCUGAUGAAUGGAAGGACCCCUGGCGUCGAUCCAAGUCCCCAAAAAAGAAGCUUGGAAACUCUGGCUCUCCCAGCCGUGGACGCAGAAGACGCCGCACCUCGGGCUCCUCCGAUUCUGGAUCCAACUCAUCCAGAUCCUCUUCACGUUCCUCUUCAUACUCCGGUUCUGGAUCCUCACAUUCUAGAUCUUCGUCCUAUAGUUCUUACUCCAGCCGCUCGUCUCGGCAUAGUUCGUUUUCUGGCAGCCAUUCCAGGUCAAGAUCUUUCUCCUCAUCACAGUCUCCUUCUCCGACACGCUCUUCGCAAAAAGCUGCCACUAAGAGCAAAGGAGAACCUGCCCCGGCUACCGCUAAAGGAGAGAAAUUAAAUGUGAAGAAGGUUCCAGCCCCCCCGCCGGCUGCCCCCACAGCAGCAGCAGCCGCCGCCGCCGCCGCCCCAACGGUAAAACCUCCAAAAGUCGGGCCAGAGGUGGUUAAAACUGGCGACAAAAAAAUCAGCCAAGCGAAGGAGACCAAGAGGAAAGCACCGCCAAGAAGGAGAACCCUCAGCGGCAGCAUCAGCGGCAGCAGCUACAGCGGAUCAAGUUCCCGCUCUGGAUCCCGUUCGCUGUCCAGAUCCUCACGCUCCUCGUCUGCGUCUCUGUCACCAUCCCCUUCCGCAUCUCGAAAAUCCAGGUCCCUGAGCGUCAGCAGUGUGUCGUCCGUCUCCAGCGUCUCCUCCUCCAGUAGUUCUGUGCGCAGCGCAGACUCGGAGGACAUGUACGCCGAUCUCGCCAGCCCCAUCUCCUCCGCCAGCUCCCGGUCUCCAACUCCUUCACAGAUGAAAAAAGACAAAGCCUCUGAAAAAUCAAAAAAGGAUGACCAGCGACCUAAAGAAGACAAACGACCCCGAGAUCCCACCACGGCGCCACCACCACCAAAACCUGCUCCAAAACCUGCUCCAGCCAAACUGGCAAAACCCAUCAGUAGCAGCAAACCGGCGCCUCUGCCCCCAGCACCGCCCCAGGCCCCAAGCGGCUUCAGCGCGCACAAGGAAAUCAAGCUCACGCUCCUUAGCAAGAGCACUGAUAAGGGAAGCAGGAAACGGUACGAGCCUUCGGAUAAGGACAGGCCGGGCUCUCCCCCUGCCAAAAAAUCCAACGUCUCCCCUGAGCGAGCAGUGCGGGACCGCAAGCCACCUGGAAAACCGCCAUCACCAAAAGUGGAUCGCCAGCGGCUGCCCAACCCUAAGCCUUCCCCUAUUCAGCCAGACAGGAAACGUCCGGCUUCUCCUCCGACGAAGAGUUCGAGCAAAGUCACCAGCAUCCCAGGGAAAGCCCCGGAGGCGGCCGCCGCCACCAAGACCGGCAAGGCGAGCACCCUGUCCCGCAGGGAGGAGCUUCUCAAACAGCUCAAAGCCGUGGAAGACGCCAUUGCUCGCAAAAGAGCCAAAAUACCUGGGAAGGUAUAGCAACGGGGUCCUGGGCCCCCAAGGAGCUUCUACAGAGACAGAUACAAGUGGAGCCAGUGAGGAGAUCUGGCCACAGGUAAAACGAGGAAUUCUGCUGUAGAGAAGAUGAUACGUGGAGGAGGGGCUGACCGGAAACCGCCGUGCGAGCACAGAUCCGAUGCCGCCCUUUCAGAGGAUUCGCUAUGGCUUGUUUUUAUUUUUCUGGGUGAUUUCUUAUGUUGUUUUUGGUGAUAAGCCCCAAUCCCAAAACUGCUGCAAGUCUCCUCAGACUCUGAUCCCCUCUAGGAGGACGCGGUCUCCAUCGUCUUAUCUCCCCCCUUUAUUUGAUGACAAUGUAACGUUUUAUUUGUAUGAAUUUGCCCGUUUUAGUCGGUAAAGACCGGGGGGAAGGGCAGUGAGUGGGGCGUCAUAAAGGCGGAUUCUUUGCUUGGGAUUGUCUACAUGUUCAUAUUUUGGGGCGGGAGAAGAGGGACCCUGAAAUAAAGUAUUU